AAUGCAAUAACAUUUCCCCCUACAUCUUAUCCUUUCUCUGUCAGCAUGGCGGACGAUAACUUCGGCGCAAACGACGACUUCUGGCUUUUCGGCUACGGAAGUCUAAUAUGGAAGCCACCGCCACAUUAUGAUCUGAGAGUCCCCGGCUACAUCGAGGGCUACGUGCGGCGGUUCUGGCAGGUUAGCGAGGACCACCGCGGCACGCCCGAAGCGCCAGGACGAGUCGUCACGCUAAUUGACCGCGCGCAUUGGGAGACGCUUGUUGACGAGCACCCCUCCCCCCACCUCACCUGGGGCGCUGCGUACCACAUCCCCCAGCAGCACGUGGCCGAAGUCCGCAACUACCUCGACAUCCGCGAGAUCAACGGGUACAGUAUCCAAUACACGCCCUUCCACCCCUCACACAGCCCCGCCGACCCCUCGGUCCCAAAGCCGAUCAAAUGUCUAGUGUACAUCGGCCUUCCUGAAAACCCGCAAUUCCUCGGCCCGCAAGACCCCCAGGAACUCGCAGCGCAUAUCUUGAAGAGUCGGGGGCCGAGCGGGGAGAAUAGAGAGUAUCUCUUUAUGCUGGAAGAGGCGUUACUUGGCCUGAGUCCGGAGAGUGGGGAUGGGCAUAUUAGUGAUCUGGUGUCGAGGUGUAGGGAGAUCGAGGGGAAAGAAUACAAGGGCGACGACGGAAAGAGAGUAGAAAUAAAGAGAGCGGAUUUCGGUGGGGUAGAAUUGCAUAAGGUCGGUAGUACGGAGGAGCAGGAGGAGGUUGAGAAGUAGAGGUCUGUGGACUUGAGUGUCGCGUAAGGUCGGCAGAGCGGCGCCGAGAUGUUAGAGGUGUUGGAUGGAAAUCGUUGCAUUCGGUUUGAAUAAUAGAAUCCACCUUGCUAGAGCUCGUACGGUUGCGAAUAAAUGUAGGGUGAGAGUAGUGUGAAGCACACAGCUGAUGCUUGAAAAUGAGCAUUCGGUUGAACGUAAGGCCCCUUCAUUAAUCCAAAU